AUGGCGGCUCCGGAGCCGGAGAAGGAGGGAGAAUGCGGCGCUCCUGCCGCGGGCCCUCAGGGUAAAAUCGGCCGCGAGCAGAUCCUGGACAACGUGAUCAAUCAGUUCCUGGAGGCGUUGGACGCCGGCGGCUGCGUGGACUUCAACCCCCAGAAUCUCCCCUUCAGCUCAGUCCAGCCAGGGCUCCCCAAGGGGAUCCCUAUCGACCCCCAAGCGUCAGUGGGAGCAUCCAGGGGGCCAGUCAACCUCUGGGAAGAGACCCAGGCCCUCAAGGAGGAAGGGAACCUGCCGUUGCUCCUGGAGUCCCUGGAUAAGCUCGAGAAAGAAGGGAAGGACAAGGAAGGCCCUGCCUGGCGCCCAAGUGGCAUCCCCGAGGAAGACGUCCGCGGGGUGGUCGUGCCCUACCUUCUAAAGCAGCGCAAAUUCCUCCAAAAGUCCCUGAAGGAAAAGCAGGAGACCAACUCACACCUGGCUGCAGCUGUGGUGGCCGGUCGGCAGCGGAUUGCAGAGCUGGAGGAGCAGAUCCGUCGGCAGAAGGAAGAGUGGCAGGGAGUUGCUAUCGAAGGCCGGAAGAUGAUGGAGACCUUUGAUGAUCUCUCCUGAGUAGGCCUGGCUGCUUUUUGGGGGCGAGGAUGU